AUGAAAAUGCUGUCGCGUCUAACCCUUCCACCUCCUCACCGUCUCAGUCGACGCACUCCAUCCCGCGGCCCUAGUGUCCACUACCCUUCAACCACUACCUCUGCAGGCAUCACCGAAGAGACUGAUUCCGCUCCUGCAGCCAAACGCCCUAGAACGGUCAGGGCACCUCGUCCUCAGCGUGCGAAAUCUGGCUGCGACUCGAGGGAGCACACGCCCCCCAUCGUGCAAACGUACAACGAAACACCACUAAAGAACUUUAGUCUCCAUCUGCCUCGGUGUCUGCCGGCCUCAAUUGCGACUGAUGGCUCGGCACUGGCUAGUUUCACACUCACUAGCGCCGCCACUUACCUGCGACUCUGGAACCUCGACAAGAACAUGGAUUCGGUUGACGUUAGACUACCAGAAGAGUAUUGUAACCUCCUCCAGAGUCGGUCCCAAUUCUUGCCGCAGUUUCUUGAAGCUGUUACCAGCGGCCUCGAGGAGUCAGGGGUGAAAUCGGUCAAAAAGUUAAUCGUUCCGACUUCACGUCUACCAGAUCUAAUUCCCGUUUUAAACGCUCUUCAAACCUUAACUUACACCCUGAACAAUGUCCUCGUUCCCCUCUCUACACAAUCUGACUUGACUUAUACAGUCGUCUCUGAAAUCACCAAAGCUGCAUCUGCAGUGACAACACCCAUCGAAAUCACUCUAGUCUCCAGCAGUCCAGAACUAUCGAAAAUCUUGGCAGACAUUAAGACAGGCUGCGGGGGGGAAACGAGCAUCAAAUUCUCUUCUCUCUCGAGUGAAGGGCCGGUGUCGCCUGCUGGUCCAGAGUAUCUGCAGACUUGGGGAAGACUGAGCCUCAAGGAGAACUGUGGAGGGGAGGACGAGAGGAGCUCAGGAAAAGACGGUGGAAGAAGUUGGACUGGAAGAACUCCUGAACCGAAACGAGUCCCGAAGAGAGUCUUUACUACAGACUGCUCCUACACAGAAGACCCACAGAUAUCUACCGACAACACUUACACAUCAAAGGUCUGGGAUUUGCAGCGACUCCACGAGAGAGGGGUCGAUGGCACCGGAACUACUAUCGCGGUGCUAGACUCCGGCGUCAACUACACGAGCCCCGCCUUCAAGGACAAAAUCUUGGCCGUCAGAAAUUUCGUCAAAGACCCCGUCGAUGACAUUGACUGUGCUAUUGAUUCGGAUGGUCACGGCUCGCUCUGUGCCGGUAUAGCAGCGGGCUCUUCGUUCUAUUGCCCAAUUAACCAAGGUGAUCCCCACUCGCCGUGUCUCGAAAUUCCCCCCGGGGUUGCCCCUGGAGCAAAACUAAUCAUCUGCAAGGUGGUCAGUACAACAAGUGGUGACGUCGAUAACGAAGCUUUUCUAGGAGCUCUGAAAUGGCUAAAGGAGCUACAUGGAUCUGGUACAAAAAUUGAUGUCGUUUCAAUCUCGCUAGCAUCGUCAUACUUUUCUCUGGAGAGGGCCCAGGUAAUCAGCGACCUCGUCAGCUCGGGGAUCGUCGUCGUUUGCUGUGCCUCUAACGUCGGCCGCAUGAAGAUGCAGCCGAUAUCGUACCCCGCACGCCUCGGCCACGUCCUCUGUAUUGGAUCACACGACGACAACGGCAAACCUACCUCGUUUACCCCAGUCGGGCGAGAGCUCGACUUUCUCGCUCCCGGAGAAGAUAUCUGGGGGCCGGGUCCGGGAACAAAUGGUCCGUUCUCCGUCGACUGUGGAAGUGGGACUUCUUGCUCGACCCCCGCCGUUGCUGGACUAAUUUGCCUCGCCCUUCACGACAUCCGGCGGCGCUGCGAGAAAGAUGGGGACGCAGUAGAUGUUACUAUUGCAGGGAGACCGGUAGCAGACUAUGUGGGGAGUGUAUGGGUGAUGAGAGAGCUCCUGAAGCUGAUGAGCUCGUGUCCAGGCCACCAUUCAGAGGAGAUUGGGUAUGGGACCUUACACCCGUACAGACUCCUGGACUGCAACACCGAGGAGAUUGUCCGCAUUGUCAACGACAUUGUUCAGGACGAAGACUGAAAACAUCAUUUUUAUGAUUCUUGGAUUGCCCAUGGUGC